UCCCAGCCUGGUGGCGGAGGCCAGCCUCGCGUCCAACUUCUCCCCACUUCUUUCCAAUAGAAGCACUUUACUACACUGACAAGGAAGCCGGUUCCCUCUUUGACCCGCAUUGUCAAGAGGGUCCUCGUCCGUGCACCUCACCCGCCCGGGACUUGGAUCAAAAGCAGGGAAGGGGAUGGGAUGGGGGCGAUCUCCACCCACAGGCCACAUGCGACCGCCCGGCACCUCAGUUCAGACCCUCCCCUCGGUUCACGUGCUGUCCUCCAGCUUCCAAGCUGACAAAGAGAACGUGGAGGAGUCGGGAAAGGAAACGCUUGUGAAUGUUGCUCCUCUUCUUACAUCUUCUGUCGCUCCAUGCGGGGGGGUGCGAUUCUGCCCCCCGGAGCUCAGCUGAGCCAAGGAAGAUCUCAGGGCUGGGUCCUCCAGAUCUCCAGGUCCUGCAUUCCUGGGUUGUGCUGCGGUGCGCUGAUAACGGGUGUCACUAGCAAAAAUCCCAUCGGUCAAAUGCCCCAGGACCGUUUGCGCUCAAUCAGCUUGUUACCCGAAGGCCCCCGCAAUGCGCCUUGUCCUGUAUCACAAGAGCAACUUCCCUUGGCCCUCAGACCAGUUCAAUAUUACCGCCACCUCGAAGGAUAGACCCAGAGGGUUCCUAAAGGUCAUCUAGUCCAGCCCCAUGGUAGAAACCGAAAUCUAGAGCUGAAACGCUCCCGGCCAACGGUUGGACAGCUUCUGCUUGAAAAUGCCAACAAAGGGAUCCCCGAGGAGAAGGGGGCUGAACUUAAGAAGAUGCUGUCCCCUACGGAAGUGAUCAGUUUCUUGGAAGUCUACAACCGUAGCAUCUGCCAGCCCAAGGAGAUGAUGGUGUCGGUAACAGCUGAGCAUCCGUCCUUGGCCAGCCACAUCAUGCUUCCCUCCUGCGUGGCCCUGAUGCGCUGCACAGGCUGCUGUUCGGACGACUCGUUGGACUGCGUGCCCAGCCGUUCUCGGGAAUUAAUCAUGGAGGUAAUGGCAAGUCUUUUCCCGCAUAGAUAUCUAAACCAGCUGACAUUUGAAGAACACCUGGAAUGUAUGUGCAGAUCAAGGACGACGUUUUUCAGAUCUAAUUCAAUUGGUCAGUCCUGUGCACCUUGUCGGGACAGGAAGAAGCAGCCAGAUCCACACACGUGCAAAUGUGUUUGUCGCCACAAUGCUGGGCAUUGUGAGAGGCGUGGCAUGAAAUUCAAUGAGACGACUUGCAGAUGUAUGAAGCGCCAUGGACGGACUGCCCGCAGGAGAGUAAAACCCGUGUCGUAGGCUGAUCUAGAGCCUAACAGAGGCUGGUGAAGAUCAUUCUCUGAUGGAUGUGAACCUUUCCUUGCUCAGAGGCAGCCCACAGUUUUGCCGGUGGGGAGGGGGAGAAAAAUGGGUAAUAUCUUGGUUAUUCACCCCUUUGGAUUCUGGGUCCACGUGAUUGCAUCGAAGACGGCCUUCUCCAGCUUUGAGACGCUGAGAAAUCCUUAUUUAAAAUCCAAAAAAUGGAACUCCGUUUCCUCCUUUCAUUCCCCCACCCCUUCAUUUAAGGGCCUGUAAAAAUACUUUUUUUUUUCCCCCAUAUUCCUCCCCAAUCUCAUUUUGCCCCCCAUCACGUUCCAUUCCUGUCACCCAUUCCAGUUAACAAAGAUUCAACGGAAGCAUUUUUACAAACUGUAACAGCAAUAGAAAAGCUGGUUCAGCUGAAACACCAGAUGAAAUCA